CGAACUCACCGCUCAACUCACUGACAUAAGACUUAAGCUUUAAAUUCAUCUCAUAUUUAAAAAACCAAGCUACUUCUCAAUUAUAAUUAACUACUAACGUCUAUAAACCAACCGGUAGUAACGCAAUUGCACCUCGAAUAUGUCGCCAUCGCAACCCAGUCCCCAAACACCAAAUGACCAGGCCGCGCAAUCCAGUGGGCCGACGGCUCAUCAGCCUGUCCAGACUACGCAACCCGUCGCUCUUCAAGCAAUGGAUCCUCAGCGACCUCAACCUGAACAACCCGAAUAUGGAAAUUUGCGCGGCGGAGAUCGUAGUUCGUGCUGCCCGGGCCGCUUCUGCUUCUGUAUUCCCUGCCCGCUACCAUGCGAUUUCUGCAUCAUUUAAGCGCAUCUCGUUUAUUAUGGUAUGACUACGACUGUUAUAGAACUGUUAUAGAUAACUUGGUCGCGGGAGUUGGUUGGCUUUCCUUCAGGCUUGGGUAUGAACUAGAAUCGUGAUGUCUUAUUGGUUUAGGUUAGAGGCCCCGAGAGAAUGAAGAUUCUGUUAUUACUGUCAAAUAUUCGAGAAUUACGAUUACCAUAUAUGAUAGAUCCUCUAAAGUUAUUAUAUACCUGUUGCCUAUUAUAAAUCUCUUUACGUUAAUACCUUUACC